CCAUCUACCUUCUAUUUUGGGCACAUUAUUGGAAUAAUGCAGAUGUGAUGACUACACCUUUAUCGGACUUUUCCCACGUGCUGAGCACGUGGGAGGUAUAUCCACGGGCACAUCACUUUCAGACACGAUUCAAUGACGUUUAUACAAGAUAUAAGAAAAUAGCAACGGAAGGUCCCCAUUCAACUAUUUUUAAAGAUUCAAAACUGAGGGAACCGUUGGAGAAAUUGUAUUGUCAGUUGGGAAAUAUCCUCAGAGUUAUCGUUAUAGGACGGAACGAUCUUCAAACAAAAUGUUUCAUUUCUUCACCUCAACGUGCAGAAGGUCCGACCUAUUCUCCAUUGCUGGAUGGCUCAAAAUCAGGGCCUGAAGAUCAAACCACAACGCUUGUCAUCUGUUAUGCAGUGAUAAAUCAUUUUGAUAGCGAAGGGUUGAAGGAAAUUUUAGAUACAUUAGAGUAUUUCAAAUCCAUGGAAGAGAAAUUGAGGUCAUGUUUAAUUGCUCCUCCGCUAAUUGUUUGCCAAACGAGAAUGAUGCACGACAGAAACAUAUCAGAAACUGACCAGUUCCUUUCCAGUUUCAUUUCUACAGCAGCGACGUCACUUGGUAUGAAAUUAGAAGCUGGAGAUAUCACCAUUGACCCAGAUGAAACAGCCCUUGGUAGCAUAAUUUCCGAAAUUCUAGAAAGAAAAAUCAUCCAUGGCUUUGUCAAUAUGAGCACACAGUUACGAGAUUUCGUUGGUGAUAGAUGUUUUGUUUCUGACGCGAUUGAGAUAUUAGAAUCGGAGCAACUAAUCACCUCAAUACAGGGCUUUAUGAAAAAUGGAUUAGGAUUUGUAGAUAUACUAGAGACAAGGAAAGACGAACCUUUCACAGAAAUAGUGCUCCGCAGUGCCGUUCGUGUUAUCCGAUGCGCCAUCAUGGCGCCAUUGUCUGCUAAACACAGCUUGCCUCAGGACACAUGCAAUCGCAUUGCUCAUGCAACCAACUUUGAAGACGAGUUAAUCAGAUGCGUUUCGAAGAACACAAGAUACCACCUGUCAAAGCUCGAAAAGCCUUGUGAUGAAAUGGUAAAAGCAACAAAAUCAGGUAAAAAGUCGCACCACUUUCCAGGCAGAAGUUUCGUAUUUAUUGCAUAUCCGUUGCGUGAUGAUAUCAAAAAAGGUUUUGAUGAACUGGAACAGAAACUGAUUUCUGUGAGACGUAUUGCAUCCACUAUGAGGAAGAUGUUGUUCGAAAUCGGCGGAUACUUCAGUCAGUCUAUCGGGAGUACGGAAGCCAUCCAGACAGGUACAAAAAUCCCGGACAAUCUUAGGAGAGAAAUCAUGACGUUAGAUGGUGUGUAUGGUAUGGGAACAAUCUAUGGGCAAGUCGAAAUACACCUGCGGAAAAUGGAAAAGGUGAAGAAAACAGAAGUACAGAAUAAAGUUUCUGAAGUGAUGAAUUGUUUCAAGUUCAUCCAGUCGUACCGUAUUAUCAGCGUAUUACAAGAGCCACGAAAUCUCUUUGCUUUCACGUCCGGACGCGGUAUAAAGAGUCUAAACCCGCAUAAAAAUGAUACUUACCGAAAAGGUACUUUGGGUGGCUUUGUUCGUAGUAACAACAACCAGUUGUACGGGCUAACCUGCGCUCAUGUUGUCCAUGGAAAUGGUAAUGUACACGACGUCUUUAUCCAAAGCGAAACAGAAGAGAUGGUCUUGAUCGGAAGAAGUCUUCCAAGAAUGACAGUUUUCCCCGCUACGGACCAUAUCGCCUUUAUUGACAUUGCGGCCAUAGAAAUUACAAAAGAAUGUCAGCCAGAAUGCUCUCUAAAGGAUGAGCACGGACAGGAAAAAAGAGCACAAGUGUUUGAAGGGGAGCCGGAGACAAUUGUUUCAAAUUUCAUUUACAAGUACGGAGCUACUUCAGAUCUGACGAAAGGCAUCGUGUGCUCGACCGACUACAGUUUGUUUGGUGCGGAUGCAAGAGAACUAGUUGUGCUUAUAGACAGUCUACCAUCGAUAGACGCAGGUAAUUACGCGCAAGAUGGUGACAGUGGCGCUAUUAAUUGCAUGACUGAUAUAACAAAUCAUAGUGACACUAUCAAGGCAGUUUCAAUGAUAACCGCUGGAGGAUGUAUAUUAGAAGACCAUGACAAUGAAAUUUGUUUGUCAUUCCUGUUGCAUAAUGGGAUAGAAAGAUUGCAAGAAUCAGGUGGUGUUGAGUUAAAACUGUCUACGUCUGAGAACUAACUUUCAAUAUGUAAUUACAACAGUAUAUUGUAUUCUGAUUGUGUCACAGUAUUAAACAUAUUGCGUGUUGCGGCAAAGAAAUGUGUUAUAAACUUAAAUAAUCGAGAACUGCAAUGCUUUGGAUAAUUUCAGGAAACAUUCAUAUGCAUAUUUUCUGCAAACAGUCAGUUAUACAUUUGCAAUCCUUAACCUAUAUAUAUAUAUAUAUAUAUCAUUUUGGUGAAAAAUAAUCGUGAACCUAAAGAAUACACAUCGCUAACCGGAACAAUGUAGACGAUCAUAGCUGCAGUACAUUUGUAUAUAUUGUCACAAAAGGUGUGAUCCUUUGAGUCUAUUAUUUUAUAGAGAUGAUAUGUUUCCCUUGUUUUAACAUCCGGGCAAUUGGUUGGUGUCCAAGCCCGGCGUUAAAUUGUUGCAUGUUUAAUUUCGAUGUAACUAAACAUUCUGAUAGGGCCUUAGGAGGGCAUAUGAAUUAACUGUUUAGUGUAGGGCAUCAGAGAAAUGUACAUGUUCUAUAUAGACGGCAAAGAGAUUUAAACAAUUGAGGUCAUAUGUUGCCUUCCUAAACGGUUAUUGGGAAAUUGGCAUAUUGAAACUCUCUUUUAUUUCACAUCAUGACUUUUAUAUUGGUUUCUGUGUAUUAGUCGAUUCAGAGUAGGUUCUCUAAAAUUUCCUUAGGUAAAAGGCUUUAAGUAAGUAUCUUGAUGUAAUUAUUUGGUGUAUCAAAGUUUUUACCUGGGGUAGGGGCCACCUAGGUAAAAUAACCGACCUUAUGUAAGCCAGCUUCAAGUUGAUGGUUUCCUUACAGGAUAGUGUUCUGUACCCAAAUCUAGGUUUCGAGCCCAAGUGCUGGCGGAGCACAAAAACAAGUUUAUUUAGGCAUUGUUUAGUCAGGUAUUUAAAGCACGGAUUGAUAUGAAUUCAUUCCUUGGUGUAAUUACUUUGAAUACUACAAGAACAAUGUAUUUCAUCAACUAAUAUACAUUGAUCACUUUCAAAAUGUAAUUACAUAAAUAGAUACUAAAUAAAUAAAUAUAUUAUAUGGAUGAAUCAUUAAGUGGCAGGGAGAAGCUUUGUAUUAUAGUAUGCGUCUAUUUUCUAAAUAAAAUAAGCGGCAUAUAUAUUCAUUCAGUAAGAGUUUGAAGAGUACCCAUGAAAGGGCAACUGUUUUGGAAAGUUAAAAAAUAUCCAGUUUGAACUUACCAGCUGCUUCCCGCAAAUGGAAAUAGACCACAAUAGCUAAUCUAAACAAUAUAACAAUUCAAUAUUUUCAAAAUCAAUUUACAGGACAGAAAAACAUUGCUUACAAAUAAAAAAAUAAAGAUAUAAAAAAAAUGAAAAUCACUCAAUAGAAAUAGA